CCCUGGAAAAGUGUUUUCUCUCUCUCUCUCCCUCUCUCUCUCUCUGCAGCUGUGGUGUGCCGAGCAUCACCUCCACAGAGCAAGUGCAUUUACUUGAGCAGAGGAGGGAGAAGGGAGAGGAGGGUGGCUGCAAGAGAAAGAGAGAAAACCCUCAGGAGUGUGUCUGAACGCACCAGGGAGCAUCUCCGACUUUGCGGAGAGAGCUGGAAAGUGCACAGGGAGGCGGGCAGAGGGAUAUGAGUAUCAAAGCGGCCGCUGUUGCCGACAGAGUGCACGAAGGGGGACUCAAACACUGACUCUGUUGAUCCCGGUGUCCCUGGCAUCAAGAAGAAGCCGGAGCUUGAGACUGGAAGGGGGAUUUGGGGGAUCCUUUUACAGAGAGAGCAUGCUGGGAGACACAUCAGCACAGCUGAGUGGAGAAGGACGGUGACACAUUUGCAGCAAAAUAUCUUCUGAAACAUUCAAAAGGCUGGGAAGGAAAGACUAGAGUGGCAUGUUCUACUUUUGGCUGUAUGGAUGCUGGGUAAUUGAGAGGAAAACUCCCGGACAGAAAGCGUCAUUUUGAAAAAACAGACUUACCGCAGAGCUCUUUACACUCACAGUAACUUUCUGAGGUUUUGGACACUCAAAAGCACACCGUAUAAAUAACGUCCACUCUCUGUUGCUGAAAUCGAGACCAUUAAAAUGCCUCAGACUGAUGCAGUCUGAGCUGUAAGUGGAUUACAACGCCAGUAUUUUGGGAUUGCACUUUUGCUUGGGAAAAAAAAAGAAGAAAAUCCAUAAAUGGUGGAUUUACAUCUGUCAGAGAAGAAGAGGAUCCCGUGCUGCUUUCGUCUUGUGGAUUACAGAUGGGCUUUGUGAUCACUCAGCACAGUCUCAUGGAUGACUGUGCACCAGUCAUUAGGAUAAAGUACAAAGGGGGACUCAAGUGAGUACUCAGAUAAAUCUUUAUCGCUGAAGAUUGGGCAAACACGGAUGUUGAAAGUGAAGCAGCAGUUUAAGGUUUUGUUUUUUUAAUAGUCAGAAAAUGUAAGUGAUGUGUUCAAGUGUGGUGUUUAAUGACACAUGGGAGAGAUAAACACAGAGCCGUUCGUUUGCUGACACACUGAAUCAACAUCACUGACUAAAUGAGUGGUUGUGUCUACCUGGCAGACGGCUUGAACACAAGCAGAGAUCGAUUGCGUUGGUCAGUGUGAUCCAUGCUUCCUGGAUUGUGGCUGAAACUGAAGUCACGCAGGGAAUCUGAUCCACGUCCUCCCGGGACAAACUGAGGACACUCCUCUUCAGCACACGGCUCCUCCUCCUCCUUUUACUUGAGCAAGAAUGGUACCCCCACCUCCCACCAACAAGCCCCACGUGUGCCUGUCCACCAUCCUUAUCAUGAGCAGCAUGGCACUGAUUGAUGCUUACCUGGUUGAGCAGAACCAUGGCCCGCGCAAGAUUGGCAUCUGCAUCAUGGUGAUGGUGGGAGACAUCUGCUUUCUGAUUGUCCUGCGAUACGUGGCGGUGUGGGUGGGGGCCGAGGUGCGCACGGCCAAGCGAGGGUAUGCCAUGAUCCUUUGGUUCCUCUACAUUUUUGUGCUGGAAAUCAAGGUCUAUUUUGUGUAUCAAAACUAUAAGGCUGACAGGAAGAGCCUUGACGCUCUUGCCAGAAAGGCAUUAACGUUGCUGCUCUCCAUCUGCAUUCCAGUGCUCUUUGUGGUGCUGGUGGCUAUUGACCACAUGGAGUAUGUGCGCGCCUUCAAGAAGCGGGAGGAGAUCCGAAAUCGUCUCUUCUGGGUGGUGGUGGACUUGCUUGACAUUCUGGACAUUCAAGCCAACCUAUGGGAGCCCCAGAAAAAGGGCCUCCCUUUGUGGGCGGAGGGCUUGAUGUUUUUCUACUGCUACAUCCUCCUCCUGGUGCUACCCUGCGUGUCUUUGAGCGAGAUCAGCAUGCAGGGUAUCAACAUUGUGCCCCAUAAGAUGCUCCUAUACCCCAUCCUCAGCCUGGUGACUAUAAACAUCAUCACACUCUUCAUUCGUGGCGGGAACAUGAUUUUGUACAGGGACGCCAGGGUCUCUGGGAUUCUGAUAGGAAAGAACAUACUGGCCAUCAUCCUAAAGACCUGUAGCUUUGUGCAGUACAGGAGACAGUUGCAGAGUGCGCCACCUACUUUUGGGGUCGAGCUGCAGAAAAACUCUCUGCCCCACGCUCGCCCCGCCCCCACCCCUACCCAAGUGCAAGUGGUCCUGCAGGACCAAACACCCCUUCCCGAGGUGACGACGUGUGAGCACACAUGACAAAAUGCUGUGCGGGACCCUCAAGUAGCUUGCAGGGAACAAUAUUUCACACUUUUUAGGUCAUGUCAACAAUCAUUUGAAUGCACUGAUGCGUAGGAAUCAUCUGCACCGCUGUCACGGUGCAAAAAACAUCAGCUGUUACUCCUGUAAAGUCCUUAAUUUCUUUAAUUGUGUAUUUUUCCAACUAUACAACAGGAAAAAAAACAGCAAGAGUAUAUAUUUUUGAAUUUGAUGUUGCAUUCUAAUGUGUGCUGUGGUGUGUAUUUCUGUAGCUUGAGUCUUCUUAGUAGCCGAGGGCUUUAAACACACCUUGAGCAAGUAAUGUGAAAAUAAAUGUUCAAGUGGGUGUUUUAUAUGUCAAUUUUGAUAAAAUACUGCCCUUCUUCUGUACGAACAGGGUUUGCAUCACAUCAUUGGACCAAUUCAAUGUGUUGGUGUUUUCAAAUUCAGCAGGUUUUUAAUGAACCUGUGCAGCAGAAUAAAAUAGACAAUGAUUUUUCCACUCAUUGCUGAAGUGGUGCUUUUGCAGCGUUAUUCCCCUUGAGAUUACAUCGUCUGAUCCCAGGUUGCUUAGUUGGAGUGCGAUCAGUGAGUUGACAUCUUUUUAGUGUUUGAGUGGGCCAGCACACAGGGACAACACACCAGUAUUACCAGAUGAUUGCCCCAAAACAGAUAAAGUAGAAAUUAAUCAUGCAAACAUCAUUUACUGAAAGAUUGGCUAAAGUCGAAUGGUCCUGAAUGUCGUACAAUUCUGAAUUCAGGAAAUGUCCGCAUCUAAAGUUGCACAAAAAUCCAGAGCUCGAUGUGCCAUCAUGCUUGACACCACACGCCAACUCUACAUAACUGAAGGGGUUCAGUGUUAUUAAUAACAGGGUACUGAGGCACUCAGUCGAGCGCAGACCUCUGCCAGGUUAGACAGACUGUGGUCUGCAUAUCAACACAAAGGAUUCCUGCCAAAGGUUUAAAGCAAUUUUAUUCACAUUGUUACAUGUACAAAUGCAAACGUGUAUUCAUAACAAUUUUUAAAUUGCCUGCACUCAAGCUGUGCUGUACCGAUGGUUCCAGUGAAUGUGUGAAAAGAAAACACAGUACAUUCCUUUAGUGGCAUUUGAUCACAAUUAAUAAUGUGUUCUUGCUUUAUACAUGUGCCAUGUAUUCCCAACGUUCCAUGGAACUCAUCUGUGUAGCUUUUCAGUUCAACUCAAUUUAGCUAAGUAAAUUACUGGCUAACUAAAACACACAUAAAGGGGGUUCGCACGUGACACUAAACAAGGAUUGAUGACAUUUACAUGAUUUCCUAUGGGGAAAUUGUAUGAUAAAUGAAGGACUGGGUUCAAUUAUAAGAGACUCCAGAGUAUAUUGCAUGAAGUAAACUACUGGAUGAACCAUUACUAACGAACAGCACAAGGAGGUCAAUCAUUAUGCCGUGCAAACAAGCAAAUAACCAUAUUUAUCUCUGUAAAAUAUGAACUAGAUUUAAAACCAGGCCUCCUUUCUUGUACUCUGCAUACAUUCCUUAAUAUUGGUCUCUUCAACUAGAUUAGGUUAGAUUGUACUCAGUAGUAGAAAAGUACACUGAACCCAAUGGACUGAUAAAACAUAUACAAAAGCUUGGAGCAAACAUUAAAGCAGGCAAGUCUCCUUCAGGCAUAUAUUCUUAUUCUGCCUGUUUUUUUUUUUUUAUACAUUGUCCAUAUUUGCAACCCAGUUCAUCUUAGACCCAAGAAGGAGUGACUGCUUCCAUUAUUUCAAACAGACUGGCUACUCUGAGGGUACAGUCGCUGAUUCAAUAUUAACCUUUCAGCAUUAUUUCAAUAGUGACAACUUGCUGUGGUACAAAACAAGUGAAUAGCUUGCGUUCCAGCAACCAGCAUCUUUGAUGAUUGCAACACAGCUACAACAUCGGUUGCUAAUUACAUUAUCUUUUUUCAAAGUGUGUGCAAACAAAAGAAAAACAUUCAUCCUUUAGCAGUUGAUCAGCUGGUUGAGCUUGUCAGGUUUGUACAACUCUCAAAGCGCUAAACACUAAACAGUGACAGCAAUUUAAAAACGUACAGUACGUCCAUUUUCUACACCGCCUGUCCUCAUUACGGUCAUAGGUUAGCCGGAGCCUAUCCUAUCCCAGACUUUAGGUGAAAAGCGGGGUACUCUCUACACAUAUAGACAAAUAACCAUUCACAUCUAUGGAAAAUUUAGACAUGCAUGUUUUUUUGGGAAUGUUCAUAUGAGAACAAGAAGAUGUUCCAAAGGAGAUUCAACCCAAAUCUCCAGACUUCAAAGCUGAUGUGCUAAGAUUAGAAACCAGUAAUGAUUAUAACUGAGACCUGAUGAUUGUGAUGGAAUUAAUAAAACAUUAAAACAGAGGAAGCAGAGUCAAAAACCAAAGGAAGCCAGUUGAGUGAGUUUGCUGAGUACAGUGUGUUCAUUCAGUUAAUAAUACAUGAGCAUUACAUUACGAUGAAACAAUGCACUCUAUUAGCUACCAGCUAAGCGUGAGGUGGAUUUUUAAAUUGAGUUCAGAAAAAUCCUCAUUAGUGCACUCAUUGUAUUCAUUGAAGACUCAAAAGACAAUUUAGGAAUAGCAACCAAGAGCGCUUUUGUUCUGCCACUCAUACCGAGUAAUGAAUGAAGACUGCAGUCAUCCAGGUAACCGUGUUGUGUCUAUGCUUUGCUGUAAGGCGUGUUGGGUGCACCGGCCAACAUUAACACUGACAUAACAUAGUGGCCUGCACCAAGAGAAGAGAAACGGCUAUUGUAAAUUCCCAGCUCGACCUUGGGUAGCCCGGGAUGGCAGCACAGCCGGGAAAACAAAUAUAUUUUUUAUAGAACCUAUAUUGGGGCACAAAAAUGGCAGAAAUGGCUGCUCAUCAAAUAUGAAUUUCCUUGUAUUGAGGCUAACUGAUUUUGGAAGACUUUGCAAAAAAAAAAACAGGUUUUUCAGCAUGCACAAAACUAUCUUUGCUGACCCUGCAUUAAUUGUUAACGUUGGCCUUCAAGCUCAAACUUUAAGCUCCAUGCAUCUUUCGAACAGCGCUGGCAAAAAUAGGGGCUGAAAGUUAUUCUCUGGUGUUACAAGUUGGUCUUAUACUUGAACAGAAGCUACAAAUCUGCUGUAGGCAGCUUUUCUGCUGAACAUUUGCAAUUAUCUCUCCACUAGUUCAAUCUCCAUCACCAAUUUGUUUCCUCACAUAUCAUCUUCACACACCCACGAGAGGGAUCUCAGUUGCUGCCCUCCUCACGCAGUAAGUUCAGCUCCCUUUACUCGUGCACCGGGACUAAUAAAAGCAAUGAAGCCGGUGCGGGAUCAAGGUUACGGCUUGAAGCGAUGCUAUAAUCUUUGGAAUAAUCAGGUCACUCUGUUGGACUUCUGACAACUUUGGAGUGGAGCCGACAGGGGACCAGACAUUGCUCAGAAGUCACAAAUGUAAAUACAAUAUUUAUGUGUGGAGAUUGGAAGUGUAAAUUCUUUCGGAUUUCUUAUCAGGCUUUGUUGCCUAAUAAAAGAUUCAGACGGUGUGCUUACAGGGCUUUUCCUCAGUCAUCUGUUUACAUCUCACUGUGCUCUCCGAAGUCCCGCAAGGCUUGAAGAAAAUAGCUGUUGGUGAAAGGAAACAUCUCUUUCUGUAAAUGUGGCUUCAUUUAUUAUAAAACCGUGUUACACCUUUUGUUUUGGAAGAGAGCGCUCUUGCCUUGAUCCAUUGUUCACACAGCCGAAAGACUUACACCUCACAGGAGUAAAGACGAGUGCUGCGUCUGCCACUGAGCUGCAUGUCAACUGGAAUCAACUUUAUUAAGAGCCGUUAAGCAAAGAAUAUGUUUCCUUGUACAGCGUUAUGAAGCAAAAUAGCGAAGAAAAUUAAACAUUUGGAAGUCAACGAUACUUUCUUUUGGGAGAAAAUACAAAUAAUACAAGAAAAAAAUGACCUGGUUGCCUUCGGUUAGCAGUAGCAUCUAGGACAGGCGAACUAUAAUAAAACGGGACUUCAAGAGGAGUUUAGUUAUUCGGGAGGAGCUCAGAGUAGAGCCGCUGCUACUUCACUGAGGUGACUCGGGCAUCUCGUACGUCCCUGGUGAGGGUCCAGGUGAGGGUCCAGCCGGGGGGACGUCCUCGGGCAGAUCUAGGACACGCUGCAGGGAUUAUGUCUCACAGCUGACCUGGGAACGCCUCUGUGUCCUCCUGGUGGAAGGUUCUAUUUUAGGUCCUGUCUUGUUUUUAUUGUACUUUCUGCCACUGGGGCCGCAACGUGUAAAAGGGUCGAGCGAGAGGGAGGGAAGGAAUGACAGAGUGCAGCGAUAUGCCUGAGCACACAACAGUAGCGAUUGCACGUUAAUAUGACUCAAAAUCUGUCUUUGCUACCUCAAAAAUUAGGGCACAAAUAUAACACCGUAGACAAAAAAAAUCUUUGAGCUCCAGCUCAUUGGGGCUGACUCUUGUCACGCAUCGACCAGUCUCUCUCCUCGCCACCGCUCGCCCACCACACUGAGCCAACAAGCCGAGUUGUAAUUUGCUCCAAGAGUCCACGCCACCAGUCGAACCCACAAAGUGGGGAUGACCAAAGCGCGGCCCGUGGCUCAUUUGUCAUUGCAUCACUGCAGAAACAAAAUAACAUUUAAAAAACAGCAAAAAUUGAAAAAAGUAGAGCAAAAAGCACAAUGGACAAAAGCUGAAAUGUUGUAUAAUGACACAAAACUUUGUAUUUAAAGACAAAUCUUGAAAUAUCUAUUUUACUUUACUGUCUACAAAAUAAAAGUAAACCUUUCUACAAAAUACAUAAAUAAAUAAAUAUAUAUGUUAAUAUAUAAUUUAAAUAUAUUGUAUAUAUUUCUCUCUAGGCAUGCAUAUACAAAUAUACAUAUACAUAUAUAUACAUAUACAUAUAUAUAUAUACACACACACACAAAUAUCUUGGUUGGGGGCAGGGGGAAAUGUAGAUCUUACGCAGGUUCACGGCCGAGACCAGGGAUGUUGGGCUCAAAAAGGUUGGUGACCACCGCUUUAUGGCCUUACAAAACCUCCUCCAUGAUAUAAAAACCUGGCUGUCAAUGAAUUUUCUGAAUUGAAAUGAAAAGAAAACUGAGGUUGUGAUUUUUGGGGACACACUCCUCACUGGUGUCAACUGGUUUCAUCUUAUUGCCGCACCUGUCUUAAAAACAUUGGCGUUUUUUUUUUUUAUAGCUCUUUUAAUCUUAUUAACCAAAUCAGUUCAGUGAUCAAAGCAACCUCAGGAUUCUUGCUAAGGUGAAGCUAUAAAGGGUCUUACAUGUGCUCAUUUCAUCAUGUCUGGACUGUUGUAACUUCCUUUACUUUGGCCUUGGCCAAGUCUUCGGAGAUUUCAACUGGUCCAAAAUGCAGCUGCUUGCCUGCUCAUGGGGAAAAAAAACGGUAUGAACACGUUACCCCUGUGCUUGCUUCACCCCACUGGCUGCCUGUAGUUUUUACAAUUCAUUUUAAGAUUUUAUCGCUUGUUUUUAAAUGCCUAAACGGACUUGCCCCCUUUUAUUUAAGCGAUAUGCUGACUUGGCACACUCCUGCUAGAGCAGCGAGGUCUUGCAACAAGUCUCUUUUACAUUGUCCCACGACUAGACUAAAAGCAAGAGGAAACAAGAACCGCGGAACUUAAAUUAUGGAACUCUCUCCCUUUGCAAAUUAAAAUGGCUCCUUCUGUGGAGUGUUAAAAGCUAAAGCCGCACCUUUUAAACACUGCCUUUCAAGACAAGCUAGUUUAGACAUUUUUAUCUAUUUGUUUUAUUUUAUUUAUCUGUUUUUUGUAUAUCAAAUGUUUUAAUUGUUCUACUUGUUCCCAUUGACUUUUAUUUAUUUUAAUACUUGUUCCAUUUAUCCUAUUUUGGCUAUUUUAUUUAACUUUAAGCAUUUUACUUUCUUGGUAUGUAUAGCACUUUGUACAGCACCUUGACCUUGACCCUAUGAAUUAAAAAAUAAAAAUCCCCUGCCACCAGUUCAUAAAUAAUCAUGACAGUUGGCGAUGGGGAAUUUCUCUGCUUGACACAACAUUUAUAAUUUACACUUAAUAUAAAAAGGCGCAUCUUAUGUUGCUCUUUAAUGUAAUGAAUGGUUAAACAAUCGAGCCGACCGCCAACGGGGGGGCCGCUGAUGACAAUUUGCAACAUAGACGCAAUAUAGCCAAACUCAUCACUUUUGAAAUGUUUCUCAUGACUGGUUUUAAUUGUUUGGGUUGGACAAAGUCUUGGAAAAUCACAUUUUGACGUGUACAGACUUCAGUGGUAGAUGUUGCAUUUAAGUACAUCAGUGACCCAAUCCACCUUUUAAUACCACCACUAUCUUGUCAGUUAUACUAAAUACAUGAAUCCACAAAAAACACAAUAUAACAAUGUGUGGCCUUACAGAAUUGGGGAUUAUUACUAAUUAUUAUUACUAAAGCAAAAUAACAGUUAACCCAUCAUCUCUAAACAACCAAUAUUUAUCUAACAAGACAGAUCAGAAAUGAAAUAACAUACAUCACUCGUAAGCACUGCUCUGGAAGGAGCGAACAAACGCUUUCCCAGGCUGCAUUUAUAGCGUAUGUGUGUGUUUAGUGUGUAUGUAACAUGGGCCAGCACUACUGAUUCUGAAGGCCCUGGGCACUUGGUAAUGGUUUAAUUUAUUUCAAACAUGCAUACAGGUUACACUGGAAUACUUCACGUUACAAUUCCACAUGUCCGAAACGUAGGAAGAGAAGGAAGAAGCGGAGUUUAUUUAAUCCUACCCCGUUUGUGUCUACACUUAUUCACUUCCUGUAUUCAACACAUUUUCACCAAAUCUGAAAUAACAUAAGAAAAUGAUUGCGCAUUCUAAAGAUAUAAAAACAGCUAAAAAGAGGCAGCUAAUUAAUGCACAUAAUGGGACACACCUAUUACACCGACAAAGCCUGCUUUUAAAACACCUCCAAAAAUCUCCAACAACAUUUUAUGAUUUUAUAUACAGUAACAGGCACAUUCAUGAUAACAUGUAUUACUAAUAUUUUGCCGUAUUUUGGUCCUUUUAAGCACUUUUAAGAACUUCCUGGACGCAUUGAUUUUACAUAGCAAAAUAGAAACGAACACUACACCUAGCAUUAACUCUUCCAAACUCAAAAACAAAAACCAACCCGUUGAUCGCGAGCUACGAGUCGAUCUUUGGAACUUUGCCAGUAAAGCAGUAGUUUCUUUUUUUGUUGUCCGGGUCGAUAUCAUUGGCCAACCCAGCUGUUUGUGGUCUGGGUAGAUCAAGGUUUCCACUUCCAGGUCUUCCUGUCCUGCAGUUAUUCAUGUAUUGUGAAAGUCACUGAAUGGAGAAAAAUUGGGUUCUUAAGUUCAGUACUUCUUGUGGAGCAGGCCCUUGCAACGAGGUCGUGAUGUCAAAUGUUAUUGAAUGUAAUCUUUCCAACUGCAUUGUUCUUUGUUUGUGUGUUGCAUCCUCCAUUUUCCUUACUGUCAUCCUUAAUAUCUGUGACAACAAGCGCUCUGGCCUCUUCCGGUCCUCCAUUUAGCUGGAUGUGGAUUUUGUAGUACCUCGAAUUGUCGUAGUGCCUUGAAUUCCUGCGUCCUCACAUCGCAUGCGUUUUUGGCGAUGUCAGCAUAGCAUUUGAUCAGAUGCUCAUCCAUGCAGACGUUUGUACCGUUCAGCUUCUUUCCAAGUUCAGCGUUGCGGUUUGGAAUUUUCUGUUGGUGAACUUAACAAUGAUGACGAGUGUGGCGUCCACCUCCUUUGAUUGUACAAAAUUGGCAAUUUGUUGCUUCGUUGAUGCAACAUUAAUUUCAUACUAGUCCUCCUCUGUUCUCGAUGGCCCUGGCAUUUGACCUGGGUGUAAUGCAGAGCCCCGUCAUGCAUUCUGAGCCAUCUCAUCAAUUAUAUUCUCCUUUUGUUCAAUCAUUUUUUCCCUUUACUUCUUUUUCUUCCUUAAGAGCGACGCACAAGGCAGCGCUAUCAUCCUAAUAUCAUUGUGCAGUGCUGUAGUUUCCUCACUAAGGUUCUUGACCUCAUCAUGGGUCUCAGAGAAGGGCCUCUUGAAGUCCUGUGAUUGCAGGCUUCUUACGGUAGGUCUUGUCGUAUUUUCAGCCAUUUUCUGUCAUUAGGCUCUUCAAGGCGCCAUAUAAUAUUGAAUCCUUCUCAUUCAACAGCAUUCUGAUUCUGGACCCGGAUUUCCAGGGCUGGAAUGGUUUAGCUUUUUGCAUGGCAUUGUUGCUAUAGGGAACCGCUUUCAACCUCAGCAGUUAACCAGUUAGCUUGGCUUGCUAGCAGCUGUCGACAUUUGUAACUGGUUUAUUUCAAUGAAUCCGUACCGCUCGCCUGUCCGAUGUCAAGUCAGGGAUGUCAGCAAGCUGUUCUAAUAUCACACAUACACAUACAGAUAGACGCUGAAAUCUGAUUGGACAAAAAACAAAAUACCUAGACAUACUGGAAGCAGUGUAGCUAAGAAACAUGCUACAAAAUGAAGAUAACAGACCUUCGGGAAUAAUAAUAGUUUGAUAGAACAAAUACGAGAAUUUAGUUUGUAAAUGUAAGCUAGUGUUUCUGACUUAGGCCAGCAGAGAAGGACUUGCUGGCCCUGACUGCACACCACUCAUUGCCGUUACACAUGUUUGAUAUCGCAGCAAUCACGGCAGUGUCAUAAAGUCGAUUUUAAUCAUAAUCUCUCUCACAUAUUGAAGAAUACCAUCUCUACCAAGCAGAAAGCCCCCCAGAUGUACUCUCUGUUAGCCUUUUUUACGUGGAGAUCACUGAAAAUAGCUGCAUCAGAUCCAUCGUUGCCGAACCCAGCAAAGCAGGAUAUUGCUGUAAAUGCGCUGUCACACGGUGAAGAGGUAUACAAAAUCUCAUCUUGGGCUUGAAUGUGGUAUCCAUUUUGACCCUUUAAUGAUUCAUUUGAACUGUUCUCUUCCAGGGCGGAAUGAUUAUCAAUGUACAUCUUCGGUCAUUAGUAAAAACAUGAUGAUCAAGCUUAUUUUACACGGGGCAAAUUCAUAUUUGGUAAAGUCGUUUGGAAGAUCUUUUGCUAAACAACUGCGCAGUCCAGGAUCAUCAGUCAACCGAAUGUAUGUAAAUAAGUAGGCCUGUGUGUGUAAAUGAUUUGGAUGCGUCUUCGCUGUGCCUGUGGAGGACCUGUACUGUCACCCUCAGAUGAAAGGAAAUUGCUUGGGAUGUGAACUGGAAACUGCUGGACCGUGACUGUAUAAAAUACUGUCAGACAAUGACAAUUGCUUUCAACACACGCUGUUAAACUUCACACCCCAGACAGGGGCCAACCAACCUCUGAUGACUUGAUCCCCCUUUUCUUUGUCAUGCUCUUGAUACAGAACAGGGAGCCAGAAAUGAGGUGGACAAAUCCCAGGUUGAACAGGCAGCGUAGCGGGGGCUACUGAGAACAAGGUCUUAUAUAUUUCAAAUAAAUACAGAUAGAGAGAGAGCGGUAGUGUCAUUUAUCAACACCUUACUUUUUAGUCCUCAUUGCCUUGAGGCAGAGUAGGGCUGGGCGAUAUAUCGAUAUUUUAUUUCUUUUAAGCGCGAUAUGAAAAAAAAACAUAUCGCUGACAGCGAUAUAGACUGGAUUUGCGCUGUUCUCACGGAGGUCUGUCUCACUCUUCACUGCUGUGUGUGUCAGCGCUCCUUAGCGGGGCCGCUGCCCCGCCCCCCUUCGUGCUCCGUGCUAGAUCUGGCGACAUUCCAAACCCUCUCGGUGACAUAUUUUCCUCAAAAGCGACUAGCGACAAAUCUAGCUACUUUUUCUGGUGUUGUUGGAGAGUUUCUGGUAUUUGGGAACAUUCAAGUGAAAGUAGUGGAGAUCCACGCAUCCUCGAGGUGCGAUGCCACCUGGGUGGAUCUCGUCCUAUUUUAAAGAGCGACGUAAAUGUUUCUUAAUCGUCAUUAAAUGACUGUUCAUUACACUCAAGCCUCAUUUGGACUUGGUCACUUAAUUGUCAGUGUGUCAGAACGUGUGAUGGGAGAACGACGUGUGCUAACUAAACAGGUACUCCUAACUACAAGAUAAAAGGUGGAGGCUGGAGGUGAGUCUGGAUGUAAUUAUUAUGCUGUCUAAACUUUGAGAGGUGCUAGCCAAGAUAAAAUAUUUAAAUUAUUUUAUUUUGAUGAAGGGAUGGCCAAUUUUUUAAAUGAACAAACUAAGAAUCAAGUUUGUUUGUUGUUCUAAACCUAAUUAAGGUGUUUUUAUUCACUUUUUUGGCUCUCCUAAGAGAUUCUGCCUUCUGGAAAAAAAAUAAUACUGUUCAAAGUAAAGUAUUUUUGAGUUGCUGCUGACAUUUAAAAAUGUCCUAUUAAAUGGGGCACUUUAUUUCAUUUGUUGUUUUUUGUGCCUUUGGUAUUAGCUGAGGAUUUGAGCAUAGCUAAAGCGUUGUUCUAAAGAAGAUUGAUGAUUAUAUUUAACUUUUUCUAUAUUUAUUUCAAAAAGAGCACGAUUAUACAGUAUUUUAGCAGCUAUUUUUUUAUAAGAUUUUUUAAAUUUUAAUGAAAGAACUUCUGACACAUAUUUGACUUUGACGUUGUCUAAACUCGCUUUGUGGAAUAAAUAUCGGGCAAAUAUUGAAUAUCGAUAUUCAACAUCAAUAUAUCGGGAUAUGAGUUUUGGUCGAUACCGCCCAGCCCUAAGACAGACCAAACCAAAAUGGCGCGCCAAGGCCAGAUUUUAUAUGGCGCCCCCUCCAUCAGGGAUUUACAUACGCUUUCAAAAGAAACUGAAUGGCAAUGAAUGUUUUUACCAUAGUCUUUAAUACGUAAAAUAACAUGUCACCCAAUUUACAUGGUUAAUAAGUUAGAUAUAAAUUUGGGCUAUCAAAUGAUUAAAAAAUGUAAUCAAAUUAAUCACACAUAAAUUUUCAAAUGAAUGAAUUAAUAACCAUUUGCCACUACGUGUGAAAUACGCUGAUUUUUGCUGUACAUUAUGAACGAAAAGAUAAAUGACAGGAUACAAUUACAUACUGUAUAUUUGUAUGUACUGACAGCUGCAAAUGAACAGAGAUUUUAAAUCAACCUUAAAGAAACCACACAAAAAGUAUUUGUCUAAUACUGCUGUCUUUAAUAGGAGCAGAACAUCUGAAUCACGCUUUAACAGCGAUAUUAAGCACAAUGAGGGGUUCAACGACACAGCAGGAUUUAAGUCACAAUUUGAGUGUAGAUGUAUUUUCUACUUCCGAGCAUGCUUAAAUGCAGCAAAUUGUGCCUCCACGUUAGUGAGUGUUUGGAGUGUCCCUGAUCCUACCUCGCAUUCAGAUAGAUAAAUAGAUAAAUAGAUACUUUAUUCUAUCUACCUUCUGACAGUGAGGAUGCGCCAUUCUGAUGAUGUUCGGACUAUGCAAGGCAAGGUGAGUUUAUUUAUAGAGCACAGUUCAUACACAAGGUAAUUCAAAGUGCUUUACAGAAAGGAAGGGUCGAAUCACUUCAUAAAAUCAUUCCAUAAAAACAUAAAAUCAUUCAAAAGUCAUGACAUAAAGUUCCGUAGAUCAUUCCAUAGAAUAAAAAAUGAAGAGUGCAGAUAGAAUACUUUCAGUUGUCAUAUGCACAGUUGAAUGGAAGUGUUUUCAGCUUGGAUUUGAACAUUGCCGAAGUUGAGGAUCGUCGCACAUCUUCUGGAAGAUUAAUCCAGAUUUUGGCAGCAUAAAACUGAAACGCAGCCUCACCGUGUUUAGUCCCGACUCUGGGCACUCGCAGGAGCUCGAGAUGGUUUAUGGGGCUCUAGCAUGUCAGAGAUGUACUGCACUUUGGCGCAAGACCAUGAAAAUGACUUGUGCACAAGCAGAGCUGUUUUAAAGUCUAUUCUCUGACCAACAGGAAGCUAGUGCAGAGAUCUGAAUACUGGAGUAAAAUAAAGUUAUAAAAGACCGUGUGGGGACACUAUUGUGCCCAAAUCUGCUGCCGUAACAGAAAGAUCUGGCUUCACGUGAUGCUCAUGCAUUAAUUACGCCAAAAAAAUUGCGUCAUAAUUAAAUAAAUGACUUGCCGGCAUUAAUGCGCUAAUUCUGACAGCCCUAAAAUAAAUACGAAAAAAUCUGAACUACACAAAAUAAGUGGAUACAUAUUAAUAGUAAUACAUUAUAAAGACAACAACAGUACAGCACAGUUUACUGUAUGAGCUAAAGUGACACUAUGACCGAGGAUCCCAGGGGUACCCCCCAGGGGUACACCAAUCGUCAAAGGGAUGUACGUGAAUAAAAAUGAACAAUCACCGCCUAACACUCACCAUUACGAGUGCGUCCGAACGCCUCACAAUGCAAGGAGAACGGAACAGAAAGGAGACAGAGCAUGAAGUUGUUCAUUGCUCUGUGUGCAUUCUAUGAACAAAUAAGAAAGCUUGAUGAUUAUUUUGUGUAUUAAGAGUGUUUAAUCUUGAAGAUUUCGCUUACAUCGGUGUUCCAAUCCCCGCCACUGUGAGUGGGGAUUCCCCUAAAAAUGAAACUUUCUCGUUAUCGUUGGUUGUAUGUGUUUUUGUACUUUGUGUACUGCUUUAUCAUGAUCACCAAGCUCGCCCAUUCAAUUUGGUAUUAAAUGAAUAUGCAGACUUAAACCAUAACCGUUGUGAGUGGACAAAAAAGUGAAGGUCAAAUUCAGCCCAUUCAAACGGAAGGAUGCCAACAUCAGACUGGAAAAAAAGACAUGUGGGAUGAUUACUUAUCUAUUUAUCAGCGCUCAUGUGAGACUAAAUCAAAAUGUGACCAUGCAAAAUAAAAAAAAUUGACCUAGAUUUACUAUAAAAUCAAAUAACCAAUUAAUUAUGUUCAAUAUUUAAAGUUAAUUUCGAUAAAAAGGUUUGUUUGUUAAGUGUGCAGGUGUAGGAGGUACAAAUGUGUGAAGGGGUACGCGACUCUAAGAAGGUUUUCUAUGCUCCAACUAUGAAAAUAUUCUGUUUAUUAACACUGAGUCCUAUUUUGUGGAUUAACCACGAUAAACGACGGAUUACUGUAUACAACUAAGAAUAUGUACAAAAGUGAUGGGCGCUGGGAGAUUUACUGUAUCUGUUAGCAUUUGUAGUAAUAAUAAUAAUAAUUGGGCAUUGCUUUACAUUCCAAUCAAUGUGAGCUCUUUCGUUUUAAGACUUAAUAGUAGUAGUUUUAAUAUAAUUGUCACGGCUGGUCUUGCAUGCUCUUAUUUUGGUAUGCUCCCCUCACGUCUUGUGUUCCUCUGUGCCCAAAGUUGAGCGCUGGGCACAGCCACGAGCAGCAGCAGGUGCCAUUUUACAAUCAGUCUGGCACUAUUUAGUCUCCUCGCUCCUGUGCUAGUUUGUCUGUGUAUUUUUCCUGCCAACUACUUGCUACCUGUUCUUCUUGUCUUUGUAGUUUCUUCUUACCUGCUUUGUUCCGCCCGUGCACGUUUGUUACCCUGUAAGUUUGUUUUUGUGUUAAUCUUACCGUCGCUUUUAGUUCUAGUAUUUUCCUGCUGGUGGUCUUGUCCAAGCUGAGCUUGUGAUUGAAAUUUUGCAUUUUUUGGUUUAGUUUGCUGCUUUUCUGUUUUUGCCUUUGCAGUCCUCUUUUUAUUCCUGUUUUUCUACACACGGUGGUUUUGUGUUUUUGCCUUUUUGUCAUUAAAAAGACUUUUUGCCUCACCUUUGCCUCAAAUUCCUCAAAUUUCUGCUUUCAGGGUUCACACUUUACACCCAACUGAACUGUAACAAUAAUUAUCCUAA